AUGGCCAUCUCGACUCCCUCGGGCGACGAUGCGCUGCUCUCCAAACCGACUCCUGAUGCUCACGAAUCUCUCAGCCGAACCCACACCACGUACGCACCCCUGUACACCUAUACCCUGCCCCGCGGCCAGGCAAAGCACUACCAGCAGCAAUAUGCCGACAUGUACUUUGCCCGCCUCGCCCAGCUCAAGCCGCCGCUGCAACAGAUAGCAUCUGAAGCAUUCUCCGAGUUCGGAAUCGCCGGCGAGUAUGCACAAAAGGUGGACCGAGUGUUGGAUGUGCGGCAGGGAGAGCUCUGCUGGGUCAUCGGGACAGUGUACAUGGAGAUGCCAUUGAAGCCGAACGUACUUGAGGACAUUGGGAAGGAGCACUGGAUCGCUGCUCCGCCGGCGCGAGAGAAGUAUACCGGUGAAAUGGAGCAGAUGAUGUUGGAAGAUGAGAGUGGCAGAUUGCGCAUGACAGGAAACUUUCUCCGGGAUUGUCUCCUGGUCACCGGCGCUAUUGUUGCUGUGCUGGGUACCGAGAACGCAGAGGGAGAGUUCGACGUGCUGGAUCUGCGGGUACCAGACUUACCGCGACAACCUGAGAGAUGGGAGAAAGAAGACGGUCUGGCGGCGAGAAAGGGCGGGAAAGUCAGCGGACAGCAGAGGUCAAAAGGCGGAAAACUUGCACUCGUGUCCGGUCUUAGUAUGAGUGGUGAUCAGGGUGACACGCUCGCAUUGGACCUCCUCAUGGAGUACUUACUGGGUGAAGCAACUUCUGCAGAAGAGCAAUCCUCCGCGGCCGACAUAUCUCGCCUUGUGAUCGCCGGAAACUCCCUCUCUCACUCGCAGCCCAUUCCCACCCGCGAGGAAUUAGCAGCAGCGAGAAAAGGCGGCCGGAAGACAUACGGCUACGAUGCAUCAGCUUACAACGCCGCACCCACUGACCGUCUCGACACCUGGCUAGCUUCCCUUCUCCCUUCGAUGCCCGUCACAAUCCUACCAGGCGCAACAGAUCCAACCUCCACCUCCCUGCCUCAACAGCCCAUUCACGCGGCCAUGUUCCCACACAGCAGAGCUUACAUGGAGCAUCCAGUACCACAAGAAGCAGAUGGGGCGAACUGGUUUGACGCAACCACAAACCCAUCGGACCUUGACAUACACGGCUGGCGUUUCCUCGGCGCGGGAGGUCAGACACUUGACGACGUAUACAGGUACGUGCAUGGCGAAGAAAGGCUGGAGAUGAUGGAGGCCAUGCUUCGAUGGCGGUUGACGGCUCCAACGGCGCCGGAUACCUUGUGGUGCUAUCCCUUCCAAGACGGUGACAGGUUCGUCAUGCGGGAGGCACCGCAUGUGUACUUCGUUGGGAAUCAACCAAAGUUUGAGACGAGCGUGAUCGAAGGACCGCAAGGCCAAGCAGUGAGGCUAGUUGCCGUGCCGAAGUUCAAAGAGACGGGCGAGAUUGUACUGAUGGAUCUGGAGACGCUGGUGCCAGAACUUGUCAAGAUUGAGGUCUUCGAGGGUAGCUGA